GUAGACUCCCUCGUUCAGUCGACGCCGCGCGCUCGUGUCAGACGCACGUGACGUCGAGAGGCAUCUCUUCGCGUUUCGCGAGUCAAGCGUGUUAUAUCGACGAUACGAGCACGUAUACGCACAUUUAGCAUAUACACGCAUAUAUACGGUGCGUGACAUUCGGCGUGUCACGACUCCAAAGAGCGCGGCAUCAAUUCCUAAUGCGCUUUCUCUAAGCGCACGCGCGAUGACGAGGUUAACCGCGCGUAAUCGUUUGUCGUAUCCUUCGCGCGGGUGACGUGCUCUCGAUCGCGAGGAUUAAGGGGAUUGUUUUUUUCUCGAGAAAAUUAGUUUAUUGCCGAAAGUUCAUCUCGGAGUUGGCUUGGAAAAUGCCAAGGUGAUCCUCUCUUUCCUCUCGCUCCGCCCUCGUCUUCUUCGACUCUUCGAGGAAAGAAAAAAAAAAACACAUCGUCGGUUCUUCGUCUCCGUUUUUCCGAUCGUCCCGUCGAUCGCGAGGUGGAAUCGCACGCUGGAUCCUCGAUCGACUUGCAUCGCCGAUCGUGAUUGAGAACCCCCGACCAGGAUGCAUCACACGGCGCCUUGGUAUCUGCCCUGGGGCCUGAAGCUGGUGCCGCUGCCGAUACCACCGGGACACCCGGCUUCUGGUAUCCCGAAUCCCGCUGGUCUGCACCUGCUGGCGCCCUUGCCCGGAAUUUAUGCGCCGGAACCACGUAAGGUCGAUCUGAAGCCGUUGCGAGAGGCGACGGUCGCGGUACCAGCGCCCAAGAUCACGGAAAAGCGAAAAGCCGAAGAUGCGGACGCUAGCAAAGAUCUAAAAAAGGCGAAAUUGGAAACGAAAGCGCUGAAAGCAAAGAGGCCGGGAUUCACGGACGAGCGAUACAACGAGACCAGUUAUUACGUGGAGCACGGUCUCCGUAAGGUAUACCCGUAUUACUUCACUUUCACGACAUUCACAAAAGGUCGAUGGGUCGGCGAGAAGAUCCUGGAGGUGUUCGCGAGGGAAUUCCGCGCCCACCCAGCCGAGGAAUACGAGAGGUGCAUACGCGCCGGCACUCUGACGGUCAACUAUCAAAAGGUGGACGUCGAUUACAGAUUACGACACAACGACCUCCUGGCCAACGUCGUCCAUAGACACGAGGUGCCUGUCACCUCGGAGCCGAUCACGGUGAUACACAUGGACGAGGACGUCGUCGUGGUCAACAAGCCCGCCUCCAUCCCUGUGCAUCCGUGCGGCCGUUACCGGCAUAAUACCGUGGUCUUCAUCCUGGCGAAAGAAUACAACUUGAAGAAUCUCAGGACCAUUCAUAGGCUGGACCGGUUGACCAGCGGUAUACUCCUGUUUGGUAGAACGCCGAAAAAGGCAAGGCAGAUGGAGCACCAAAUAAGAAAUCGACAGGUCCACAAGCAAUAUGUAUGCCGAGUGGAGGGCGAGUUUCCGGAAGAGGAGGUCAUCUGUUCGGAACCGAUCGAGGUAGUCUCCUACAAGAUCGGCGUCUGCAAGGUCUCGGAGAAAGGCAAGGACUGCGUCACCCGCUUCAAGCGUCUUAGCUACAACGGCAAGUCGUCCGUGGUUCUGUGCAAGCCGCAAACCGGCCGCAUGCAUCAGAUUCGCGUCCACCUGCAGUAUCUCGGCUAUCCCGUGGUAAACGAUCCGCUCUACAACCACGUGGUAUUCGGUCCGCAUAAGGGUAAGGGCGGUAACAUCGGCAAGACCGACGAAGAGCUCGUUCGUGAUCUGAUCAGCAUCCACAACGCCGAGAAUUGGCUCGGCAUGGAUGGCGACUCCGACAUGAGUCUGUUCAAGCCGAAGCUGGAGUUGGAGGAGCGCGUCCUCGGUAGCGGCAACGAUAAGGAUAACGGCUCGUCGCCGUCGUCCACUCCGGGUUUGCUCGAGGACGAGCAGCAGCAGCCGCAGCAGCAGCCGCAGCAGCAGGAGUCCCUUAAGGUCACCGUAGGAACGCAGACGGGCUCGGAACCGCCGGAUUCCACCUUCGCCAACGACAAGGUCACCGUCGAUCCGCACUGCUACGAGUGCAAGGUCAAGUACAGGGACCCGAAGCCUUCGGACCUGGUCAUGUAUCUCCACGCGUGGCGUUACUGCGGCCCAGGAUGGGAGUACGAGACGCCCCUGCCCGCGUGGGCGGCGAGCGAUUGGGCCGGCGACGAUCGAUAGUUCGUCCGACGAGAUCGAGGAUGAUCGAGCACGAUCACCAUCGCCGUCGCCAUCGCCGUCGUCGUCGAGUCUCGAAUCCCCUUUUGAGAUAUUAUCCUUACCCCGUGCCUUCCAUCCGCCAACGAGCGAUCUUUUGACCAUUGUACGCGUACAAGUACACGAUUACAUAGACACUUAUGCACACGUACACACGCGAUAAACAAAGAUGCGUACCCCUGUAACUCGGCCGUUCGAAUUUCUCGAGGCUGCAAUCCGAGAGAAAUGGGAUUGCUGGGACAAUCUCGUCGCUCGAUUUGCAUUUCUGCGACUUCUCUGCCACGUCGAUAUGUAAAUGACAACUCGGCGUUAUUAUGUGACGUCUCUGGGAGGGCGGAAACAAUUUCAACGUGCCGUCGUUCGCGCGCAGAAAUGUACGUUUCGAUUCUCUAGUUUGUGUGCGUUCUCAUUCUGGUCAUACGUUCAUUCUGGCAGAGUCCCAUCGGAUUUGCAAGAGCCCACGCGCGGACGAAUCUUACGCGGGAAACGAUCCGAGACGACGUUAUAUUAGGUUUGUUUUUUAUUCCUGCCCUAGACUCAACUAGAAUUGAACUGGAUCAGUCAUGCAGUCAUGGCGUCAUAUAUUAAAUUAAAUAAAAUAAAAUAAAUAAAUAAGUAUAGAGUUCAGUGCAGGAAUAAAAAACAGUGCGAGUGCUCUGCACUGGGGCUCACUCUACUUCCAGACCUGGGGCAGCCAGUGCAGGGAACUCGCGCACUCAGUUCAGCUACACUAGAAUAACGAGCAGCAUCAGUUCCGGAAUAAAAAACGUUUUAGUGUACACUUUUUCAACUAGUUCAGUCAGUGCAGGAAUAAAAAACAAGCCUAUUAUUAUGCGAAUUAAUCAUAGCGACAAAAGACAUAUUGUAUACCGGCUCUAUUAUCCUAAUAUUUAUCCUGAUUUUGCGAGGCAAAUAAUAAAUCGGAGCAUCA